CCAUGACUAAAAGCUCAUUUCAUCCGUUUAAAGUUAUUUUUAACUGACUUCUUUCUAAUGCUUACAUGGUACAAAGCCACCUCAACUCGUGGACUCUUCCAAAGGUGUGGCUGUAAGGCUCUGAAGUAAUGCAUACCUAAAUUACUGGGGAAUGACCUGCGGAAUCUAGGAGGAAGAGGUGCUACCCGCCCUGUGGGAAAACGAUGUGAAGAAGUCAGUUCAUCAGCUUCUCCGUGCUUCUGUGACACAGGACACGAGCAAUGUAUUGUCCUGGACGCAGGCCAAAAGAAAGUAGUCAGGAUAGCAGGUGAGCAAACCAGGGAAGAAAAUACAGAAAGAGGAGGAAAGAGGAUGCCAAAGACAGUGUCUUAUUUCGGAAUUUGUCCUCCUUGGUCCUGGAUGCUUAUUCUUCAACAUUGCAUCUUCACUGUUCCUGGAUCAGGCCAUCCUCUCUUCCCCGGACCUGUCCAUUGAAAUGAAGAGUAAGAGACAGCAGGUGGAACAGGAGAAGCAACUGAGGCCUGGAGAGAGGAAGAAAAGUGACCUGCUCAAAGCCACACAGCUUUGAAAAUAAUUGUUAGAGGUUCUCUCCCUGGAUUCAUCUGAGUGGAAGUUAAGAGCCUCCCAGAGACAUGCUAUGCAAGAGACAGAGGGCACUGAGUCGCCGAAUACAAGGUGAAAAUGAGUUCUUCAGUGAGAAGAAAAGGCAAGCCAGGCAAAGGAGGUGGAAAGGGGUCUUCUAGAGGAGGAAGAGGAGGCAGGAGUCAUGCUAAUAAAUCUCACGGGGGUGGCAGUGGUGGCGGUGGCAUUGGUGGCAAUAGAAAGGCGUCAAGUAGAAUUUGGGAUGAUGGAGAUGAUUUUUGUAUCUUCAGUGAAUCAAGGCGCUCAUCCAGACCGAGCAACAGUAGUGUGAGAAGAGAUACAUGCCCCAAAUGGAAGCCUGACUCCAAAGUGCCCCUUCAGACUCUGCACAUGACUUCUGAGAAUCAAGAAAAAGUGAAAGCUCUUCUCCGAGAUCUGCAGGAACAAGAUGCGGACGCUGGAUCUGAAAGAGGCAUUUCUGGGGAGGAGGAAGAUGACGAGCCUGACUGCGAUGAGGAGCAGUACUGGUCAGCUGGACGAGAAGCUUCCCUUGUUCCCGACCCUGAUCCUUUGGAAUGUGCUGGCUCAGGCCUGGUAGAGCCUCAUAGUCCAGAAUUUACAGUCUCAACAUUUGCAGUGCAGAAACUUUCCAGAUAUGGUUUCAACAUUGAACGCUGUCAGGCAGCCCUGAGGAUUUGUGAUGGAGAUGUGGGGGCAUCGCUGGAACAUCUAUUCACCCAGUGUUUUUCAGAGACAUUUGGAGAGAGGAUGAAGAUCUCUGAGGCAGUUGCGUGUAUAAGCUUGGAUGAGUGCGUGGAACAGCGACAGGAAGAGGCAUUUGCUCUCAAGUCAAUCUGCGGAGAAAAAUUUAUAGAAAGAAUUCAGAACAGAGUCUGGACCAUUGGAUUAGAACUGGAGUAUUUGACGAGUAAAUUCUGCAAAUCCAAGCGAAAGGAAAGUACCAAAACUAUACAGGAGACUUCACUUGAAAUCUGUAAAUUUUACCUCAAAGGAAAUUGUAAAUUUGGAUCAAAAUGCAAAUUCAAACAUGAAGUGCCACCAAAUCAAAUUGUCGGGAGAGUGGAAAGAAGUGUAGAUGAUUCUCACCUUAAUGCUAAUGAAGAUGCACCUUUUUUAUAUGAACUUGAAAUUCGAUUUUCUAAAGACCACAAAUACCCCUACCAAGCUCCUCUUGUGGCAUUUUAUUCCACCAAUGAGAAUCUACCUCUGGCUUGUCGUUUACAUAUUUCUGAGUUCCUUUAUGGCAAGGCCUUGACAUUUGCAGAAACUUCAGAACCUGCUGUAUAUUCUUUGAUAACCCUUUUAGAGGAAGAAUCAGAAAUAGCCAAGUUACUAACAAAUACCCAUCACAAGUACAGUCUCCCUCCUGUGAACUUUCUUCCAGUAUCCUCUGGGACCAGAGUAAACAAUCCUGUCUGUUGUAAACCAGCGAUUCCAAGUAAUUCUAUUGUUUCAAAUCAAAUUCCAGAAGUUAAAAAAGAAUCAGAACCUGAGGAGGAGACAGAUGAGGAUGAAGGUCCUGCACCAGUUGUAGUGGAGAAUGAAAGCUAUGUCAACCUUAAGAAAAAGAUUUCCAAAAGAUAUGACUGGCAGGCAAAGUCAGUACAUGCCGAAAAUGCUAAAAUCUGCAAGCAGUUCCGAAUAAAACAGGCGUCCAGACAGUUCCAGUCAAUUCUGCAAGAAAGACAGUCGCUCCCUGCUUGGGAAGAAAGAGAAAACAUUCUUGAAUUGCUGAGCAAGCACCAAGUGCUUGUUGUAAGUGGUAUGACUGGAUGUGGGAAAACCACACAGAUUCCACAGUUUAUUCUGGAUGAUUCUUUGAACGGACCCCCUGAGAAGGUGGCCAACAUCAUCUGUACCCAACCCCGACGAAUCUCUGCAGUCUCUGUCGCUGAGCGUGUUGCUAAGGAAAGGGCAGAAAGAGUGGGUCUGACUGUGGGGUACCAGAUCCGGCUAGAAAGCGUUAAGUCCUCAGCCACCAGACUGUUAUACUGCACCACAGGAGUGCUGCUCAGGAGGCUCGAGGGGGACACGGCUCUACAAGGAGUCACCCAUAUCAUUGUUGAUGAAGUUCACGAGAGGACAGAGGAAAGUGACUUCUUGCUGCUAGUUUUGAAAGAUAUUGUGUUGCAGAGACCAACUCUUCAAGUUAUUCUGAUGAGUGCAACUUUAAACGCUGAGCUCUUUUCAGAAUAUUUUAAUUCCUGCCCAGUUAUCACUAUACCAGGUCGUACAUUUCCUGUUGAUCAGUAUUUUCUGGAAGAUGCAAUCGCUAUGACAAGGUACGUGUUACAGGAUGGGAGCCCAUAUACGCGCUCCAUGAAGCAGAUGUCCAAGGAGAAGCUCAAGGCGCGGCGCAGCAGAACUGCAUUUGAGGAAGUGGAGGAAGACCUGCGGCUCUCCCUUCACCUCCAGGACCAGGACUCUGUCAAAGACGCAGUGCCCGAUCAACAGUUAGAUUUUAAGCAGCUCCUGGCCCGCUAUAAAGGGGUUAGCAAAUCAGUCAUCAAAACAAUGUCCAUCAUGGAUUUUGAAAAGGUUAAUCUUGAAUUAAUCGAGGCCUUGCUAGAGUGGAUAGUGGAUGGAAAGCACUCCUACCCUCCAGGUGCUAUACUUGUAUUUUUACCGGGACUAGCAGAAAUCAAGAUGCUUUAUGAACAGCUACAGUCUAAUGCUCUUUUCAACAACCGACGUAGUCAUCGAUGUGUUGUUCACCCACUUCAUUCAUCUUUAUCCAGUGAAGAGCAGCAGGCUGUGUUUGUAAAACCGCCUGUAGGUGUAACUAAGAUUAUAAUUUCCACCAAUAUUGCUGAGACUUCCAUAACCAUUGAUGAUGUUGUCUAUGUCAUCGAUUCUGGGAAAAUGAAAGAAAAGAGAUACGAUGCCAGCAAAGGAAUGGAAAGUUUAGAGGAUACUUUUGUCUCUCAAGCCAAUGCCCUGCAAAGAAAAGGGCGAGCAGGUCGUGUGGCCUCUGGGGUCUGCUUCCAUUUAUUUACCAGUCAUCACUUCAAUCACCAACUUCUAAAACAGCAGCUACCAGAAAUACAAAGAGUGCCGUUGGAACAGCUCUGUCUACGAAUUAAAAUUUUAGAGAUGUUUAGCACUCAUAAUCUCCAGUCUGUGUUCUCUCGGCUCAUUGAACCUCCACACGCUGAUUCUCUCCGUGCCUCAAAAAUACGAUUACGAGACUUGGGAGCCUUAACUCCAGAUGAAAAACUGACCCCUCUAGGGUAUCACUUGGCCUCUCUGCCCGUAGAUGUGAGAAUCGGCAAACUAAUGCUGUUUGGGUCUAUCUUCCGCUGUUUGGAUCCUGCUCUCACCAUUGCUGCCAGUUUAGCUUUUAAGUCUCCUUUCGUCUCUCCCUGGGAUAAAAAAGAGGAAGCUAACCAGAAAAAGCUAGAAUUUGCAUUUGCAAACAGUGAUUAUCUGGCCCUCCUACGAGCAUAUAAGGGAUGGCAGCUAAGUACGAAAGAAGGGAUGCGUGCAAGUUAUAAUUACUGCAGACAAAACUUCUUGUCCGGAAGAGUUCUUCAGGAAAUGGCCAGCCUCAAACGACAAUUCACUGAACUGUUGUCAGAUAUAGGCUUUGUAAAGGAGGGGCUCCGAGCAAGGGAAAUUGAGAAAAGGGCCCAAGGAGGAGGAGACGGUAUCUUGGAUGCCACAGGAGAAGAGGCAAACUCAAAUGCUGAGAACCCCAAGCUGAUAUCAGCAAUGCUGUGUGCUGCUCUGUAUCCAAAUGUGGUGCAGGUGAAAAGCCCAGAAGGGAAGUUUCAAAAGACCAGUACCGGAGCUGUCAGAAUGCAACCAAAAUCAGAUGAGCUGAAGUUUGUCACCAAGAACGAUGGAUAUGUACACAUUCACCCUUCAUCAGUGAACUACCAGGUCAGGCACUUUGACAGCCCCUACCUGGUGUACCACGAGAAGAUCAAAACGAGUCGGGUGUUCAUCCGAGACUGCAGCGUGGUGUCUGUGUACCCACUGGUCUUGUUUGGAGGAGGCCAAGUGCAUGUGCAGCUUCAAAGGGGAGAGUUCGUUGUCUCCUUGGAUGAUGGUUGGAUCCGUUUUGCAGCUGCUUCUCAUCAGGUGGCUGAAUUAGUAAAGGAACUUCGCUGUGAACUUGACCAGCUCCUCCAGGAUAAGAUAAAAAACCCAAGCAUAGAUCUGUGUACCUGUCCCCGCGGGUCUCGGAUCAUCAGCACGAUUGUGAAACUUGUCACCACGCAAUAGAGACCAGUCUUGGGAGAGUGCCUGCUCCUCACCUGGGA